GUGGCCGGCAAGGGGCCGGCGGGGCGCGGCGUGGUGCGGCCGAAGGGCCGGCGGCACGGAGCCGACACGGCGGCCCCCGGGGCGAGAAGGACGGCGGCGGGGCCCCGCUCGGUGCCCGGGCCCGGGCCGGGGGCCGGGCUGACCGACAGCAGCUCGGAGGUGUCGGACUGCAGCGCCUCGGAGGAGGCGAAGCUGCUGUCGCUGGAGCUGGGGCUGAGCGGCAGCGAUGGCGAGUCCCCGGGCAGCGCCCCGCCGCCGCCGCCSUCGGCCGGAGAGGCGUCGCCGCUGCCCGAGGAGCCCUCGGCCGCCUCCAUGGCCAGCAGCCGCCUGCAGCUCAGCACCUCGCUCGCCUUCUCCGACCUCACCGAGGAGCUGCUGGACGCCGGCACCGACGGGCUGCUCCGCGAGCUGGAGGACCUGCGCUCCGAGAACGACUAUCUCAAGGAUGAGAUCGAGGAGCUGCGCGCCGAAAUGCUGGAGAUGCGGGAUGUCUACAUGGAGGAGGAYGUGUACCAGCUGCAGGAGCUGCGGCAGCAGCUGGACCAGGCCAGCAAGACGUGCCGCAUCCUGCAGUACCGGCUGCGCAAGGCCGAGCGCCGCAGCCUGCGCGUGGCACAGACCGGCCAGGUGGACGGCGAGCUCAUCCACAGCCUCGAGCAGGACGUCAAGGUGGCCAAAGACGUCUCGGUGCGGCUCCACAAUGAGCUGGAGGUGGUGGAGAAGAAGAGGAUCCGGCUGGAGGAGGAGAACGAGGAYCUGCGCCAGCGGCUCAUCGAGACCGAGCUGGCCAAGCAGGUGGUGCAGAACGAGAUGGACAAGCUCCGAGAGAAUUCCCUGAAGAAGCGAGGCUCUCGCUCCCUGGGCAAGACAGAGAAGAAGCCAUCAGUGCAGGAGGACAGCGCAGACCUGAAGUGCCAGCUGCAUUUUGCCAAGGAGGAGUCAGCCCUGAUGUGCAAGAAGCUGACCAAGCUGGCCAAGGAGAACGAUGGCAUGAAGGAGGAGCUGCUGAAGUACAGGUCCCUCUACGGGGACCUGGACAGCUCCCUGUCCGUGGAGGAGCUGGCUGACUCUCCCCAUUCCCGGGAGGCCGAGCUGAAAGUCCACCUCAAGCUGGUGGAGGAGGAAGCCAACAUCCUCAGCCGGAGGAUUGUGGAGCUGGAGGUGGAAAACCGCGGGCUGCGGGCAGAGAUGGAUGACAUGAAGGGCCAGGGGGACAGGGAGCUGCCGGGGCAGGACACACGGUUCCUGGUGGGCGUCUCGAGCUGCGGGGAUGCGGGGGACACGGUGGCCGAGCUGCGCCGGCACCUGCAGUUUGUGGAGGAGGAGGCUGAGCUGCUGAGACGCUCGCUGCUGGAGCUGGAGGACCAGAACAAGCUCCUCCUGAAYGAGCUGACCAAGUACAAGUCGGACCACGAGCUGGACGUGACGCUGUCGGAGGACAGCUGCUCGGUGGUCAGCGAGCCCUCGCAGGAGGAGCUGGCCACGGCCAAGGUGCAGAUCAGCGAGCUCAGCGGCAAGGUGAAGAAGCUGCAGUACGAGAACAGGGUGCUGCUGUCCAACCUCCAGCGCUGCGACCUGGCCUCCUGCCAGAGCACCCGGCCCAUGCUGGAGACCGACGCUGAGGCCGGUGACUCUGCACAGUGCGUCCCCAYGGCCGGCUGGAGGGACGGCGUGGGCAGCAGUGAGGCCGAUGGGCAGGACAGGGGGCUGGGCAGUGGGAAGGUGCCCGAUGGCCCCACCAAGCUGCUCAAGCCCAAGGACCUGGAGACCUUGCUGGGCAUCCGGGACCAGGCAACGCUGGUCAGCAAAGCGAUCGACGUGUUGAUUUCUGAUGCCAAUGGCUUCACCUCGGGGCUGAAGGCUUGCCUGGACAACGAGUGUGCGGGGGUGCUGCUGGGCGAGGCGGUGGGCAGCGGUGGUGACAGCCCCAGCGAUGCCAAGCUGAUGAACGUGCUCCUGAUGAGGCUGGGCGUGCUCCAGCAGGACCUGGGCUGCYUCGUGAGGAAAGUGGACCACCUCACCAGCGGCUUCAAGGAGCACACGGACUCGUUCCACUUCUCCAGCUCCAGCAGCCACGAYGUCACCAAAGAGGGGCUGCAGAAGGAGCUCRCCUCYGACUUCCAGCAGCCUGAUUUUAGGGACGCCGACCCUUUCCGCAUCCCCCACACCAAGGACACGGACCCCGCACAUCCCCGGAGCUACAAAACCUGCCGGGCUGAGGAGAACGACUCCUACGCCACCGAGAUGAAGGAGCUGCAGCUGGUGCUGUCUGAGGCCAACGAGAGCCUGCGGGGGCUGCAGGAGCAGCUCUCACAGGAGAGGCAGCUGAGGAAGGACGAGGUGGACAACUUCUCACAGAAGAUCUGCCAGCUGAAGGAGGACCACCAGAAAGCCCUGCUGCGGCGGGAGUUUGAGCUGCAGAGCCUGAACCUGCAGAGGCGGCUGGAGCAGAAGUUCUGGAGCCAGGAGAAGAACCUGCUGGUGCAGGAGUCGCAGCAGUUCAGGCAGAGCUUCCUCCUGCUCUUCAUGAAGCUCAAGUGGUUCCUCAAGCACUGGCGCCAGGGGAAGAUGGUGCACAAUGAGGGCGAGGACUUUUUGGAGGUGAACAGCAUGAAGGAGCUGUACCUGCUGCUGGAAGAGGAGGAGCUYGCCCCGCAGCAGCAGGCGGACAACAAGAUGUGUGCCGGGGACAGCUGGACCCCCAACACGCCCAACGAGUGCAUCAAGACCCUGGCGGACAUGAAGGUGACCCUGAAGGAGCUGUGCACGGAGCUGCGGGAGGAGCGGCGCGGUGCCAGUGAGCUGCAGCAGCAGUUCACCAAGGCCAAGGCUGCCUGGGAGAUGGAGCGUGCCGAGCUCAAGUGCCACAUUGCCCAGCUGGAGUCAAAGGCAGGCAAAGGGAUYGCGGAGCGUGCGCUGCCGGACUGGAAGGUGGCACUGAAGAGGGAGCGUGAGGAGCACCAGCAUCUCCUGGCUGAGUCCUACAGCGCCGUCAUGGACCUCACCAAGCAGCUGCAGAUCAGCGAGAAGAACUGGAACCAGGAGAAGGUGGAGCUGCUGGCACGCUUCAAGGAGGAGCAGCAGCAGGCAGAGCAGCAAGCAAAGGACCUGCAGAACAAACUCAACCAGUUGCAGAAAGGAUCCAAUCCGUGGGCAUUGAAGCACUCUGAAAUGGAGAAGCAUGGCAGCAACUGGAAAGAGGCUCUCAAUGAGAAAAUCACAGACAAGGAGACAAUCUCUGAAGCAGAAGCCAAGGGAACCAACCUCAAGAGGACCAAGUCCGUUUCCUCCAUGUCAGAGUUUGAAAGCUUGCUCGACUGUUCUCCCUACCUCCCUGGAAAGACUGUUCCAGGGCUGGGUGACCAUGCCCGGGGCAAAAAGGCAUCCUCAACCACGCAGCUGCUGCCCAAUGGGAUCCGGGACAGCGCCAGCCUUCCUCCCUCAAACUGUACAUAUGUGAAUAUCGAACAGCCCGCCCCUGACAGCCUGGCCAAGGAGAAGCUGGGCAUCUCCUCCUGGGACUACUCGCGGGCAAGCAGCCUCUCCGGGCACGACCCAGCUCAGAAACAGAUCCAGAGGAGCUACACGGCGCCCGACAAGACGGGGAUCCGCAUCUACUACAGCCCGCCGGUGGUGCGGCGGCUGGAGGCGCCCCUGGUGCACAACAAGGAGGGCAAGAUCAUGAUCGAGCCCGGGUUCUUGUUCACCAUGGCCAAGCCCAAGGAGCCGGAGGAAUCGGCCAGCGCCGAGGGCACCUACAGCCAGUGGCUGUGCAACUUCUCCAAGCAGCAGCGGGAGCUACUGGACAGCAGCGCAGGCGAGAGCACGGUGCCACCGGUGCCGCACUUCCCCCCAGCACUGCAUGACCUGGAGAUCUCCGGCAACAUGAGCGAUGACAUGAAGGAGAUCACCAACUGCGUGCGCCAGGCCAUCCGCUCCAGCUCGCUUGAGAGAAAGGUGAAAAGCACCUCCAGCCAGACGGUGGGACUGGCUCACGUGGGCACGCAGACCAUCCAGACGGUGAGCGUGGGCCUCCAGACCGACCUGCCCCGCGGUCCUGGUGUGCACGGYAAGAGCUGGUCCCCGCGCAGCUCCUCCCUCGUGUCUGUGCGCAGCAAGCAGAUCUCCUCCUCCCUGGACAAGGUCCACUCCAGGAUCGAGCGGCCGUGCUGCUCCCCAAAAUAUGGCUCUCCAAAGCUCCAGAGGAGGUCUUCCUCCAAGCUGGAUGCGUCCAAGGACAGAAGCCUUUGGAACUUGCACCAGAGCAAGCAGAACGGCUCUGCCUGGGCCCGCUCCACCACCACCCGCGACAGCCCUGUCCUCAGCAACAUCAAUGACGGCCUGUCCAGCCUGUUCAGCGUGGUGGAGCACGCGGGCAGCACCGAGUCCAUCUGGAAGCCAGGUUGCCCCGAGAGCAGCCGCGCCAAGCCYGAAGCCCCCAAGUACGGCCUCGUGCAGGAGUUCUUCAGGAACGUCUGCGGGCGGGCGCAGAGCCCCACUGCCCCCCAGGAGAAGAAGGAGGCCCCUGGCGAGGAAGGAGGCAAGAGAGCCGAGCACUCCAGCCCCGCCACCCACCACCCCRCCGAAAACAUCUCCCGUGUGUUGAACAAGAAGGUCCUCAAGCAGGGCAGCUGCGAGGACCCCAAGCCCUCGUCCCCUGGCCAGGGCAGUAAGGACGCAGUCCUACGGGACCCCGACCUCAUCUCGGCCAUAGCCAGCGAGGACACGGCGUGUGACUGCAGCUCCCAGUCCCUCACGUCCUGCUUUGCCCGGCCGUCCCGCUCCGCGGUCCGCCACUCCCCCUCCAAGUGCAAACUGCACCCCACGGACCCCUCCAGGGCGGAGGAGAAGCCGGGGGUCUCGACCUGCAAUGUAAAACCAAGUGCAUUUUAAAAAUACCGAAAUGAGCUACAUUGGAGAGGCACCA